AUGUGCGAUCGAAAGGCCAGGAUAAAAAAUGCGGACAUGUCAGAAGAGAUGCAACAGGACUCAGUGGAUUGCGCUACUCAGGCGCUGGAGAAACACAGCAUAGAGGACAUUGCGGCUCAUAUCAAGAAGGAAUUUGACAAGAAGUACAAUCCCACCUGGAGUUGCAUUGUGGGGAGCAACUUUGGUAGUUACCUGACACAUGAAACCAAACACUUCAUCUACUACUACCUGGGCCAAGUGGCCAUUCUUCUGUUCAAAUCUGGUUAA